AUGAAAAUAACAGAUGAGAGUAAAGUGUUUUAUCAUUCGGUCUAUGCUCUAAUUGGAAAGAUUCCGUAUGGUAAAGUCACAAGUUAUGGUCACAUAGCUUAUUUGUUGAAUAGACCGCAAAACUCGCGCCUCGUGGGAUCAUCUCUUAAGCAUUUGAAGUUCAUUGCGGAAUCAUUAAACAGAGAAGCCAAUCCAGAGGAUAUUAUAGAACCUGAGAGUGUUCCUUGGUGGAGGGUUAUACUGAGUGCUGGUAAAAUAUCACCUCGAGGUAAUUCUGACAAUGAAAGCAGACAGGCCAGAUUUUUAAGAGAGGAAGGGGUGGAAGUACUGAAUGCAUACCGUAUUGACCUAGAGAAAUAUGGCUGGUUUCCGGAUGAAGUUGAUUUUUAA